AUGGAAGGAAGUGAAUGUGAUGUAUUGAAAUUGAUGUUACGUAACAUCAAUAAAAAUGAACAUAAAAGUUCAACAAAUCUCGUCAUCGUCGUGAGAUCAAUUAAAAGUAUAAUAAAAAAAGAAGGAAAAUUUUCAAUUAGGAGCAGUCUGCACAUUGUUGUUUUAGAUAUUUGUGUUUAUAUGCAAUGCUUACAACAUGUUAUAGUUACAUAUAUUGACAAACUCUGGAAAUCUUUUAAAUAUUGA